CUCUUCCACGUUAUCCUCUCCCGGAGUUUCUUAUUGGCGCAGGCCACACCCUCUCAUUUAUCACCAGACUCCGCCUUCAGCCUGGGCUCCUCCCACAACCAUCUUUCAUUCAUUCUGCAUCUAGUGCUGGGUACUUUGGUCAUGGAGGUGAAUCAGACCCGUCCCUGCCCUCACGGAGUUCAGGGGAUGACGGGGGGACACGGACCUAGGCUCCAACAGUGACAGUCUAGGACGGUAAAGAAGCCGCCUGGGCACUGGGAACCUCUAAGACGCUGGGAAGGCUUCCGGGAGGAAGUGAGGCCUAAACCAAGUCCUGAAGAAUGGUUAAGGAGUUUGCCACGGGGAGACAUUGGGAGGGCAUUCUUGGCAGAAGGACCUGAGACAUGAAAGAAACAGGCGUAUUCUGGUAAUUGCAAAGAGAAGUCGACCGUGUGGGGAGUUGGAGUGACCCAGCUGGAUGUGACCACCAGGACAGAAUGGUGCUGGACUCAGGGGCUCAGGUGUAUGAGCAGGCACCCCCCAGCCCGCCAUCCAGUCCCUCAUCCUUGGGCCAUAGGCUGAGGCCCUCAGACCGAGAUGGGACAGCACUGUACCCCUGGCCUCGGUCCCUGGCCUUGCCCCUGGCUCUCUCAGUCCCCUCAGCCCUGCGGCCCCGGCCUGAGCUGCAGCCCUUCUCAGAGCUGCACUUGGGCCACCGUGGCCACAUGCGUCGCAGUGAGAGCACCUACACCGUAAACAGUAUUGGCCGGCGGGGGGGCAGCACCCAGGGUCGGGCGCCACCUGGACGGGGACGGGACCCAGGUGGGGGCACCCUGCGGCCUGCGGCCUCCCUGCCUCACAUUGCUAAGACUCGAAAGGAUGCAGGCCGUGGUGCGAGCAAGAGUCCCUGCAUGUUGGUGGCUCUGCGGCCAACCAACAUGGACCGUGAGCGGGACAAGUUCUUCCAGUCCCAUUACACCUACAACCCACAGUUCGAGUACCAGGAGCCCAUGCCUACGGCUGUGCUGGAGAAGUACUGUGAGGCCUCUGGACAGUUCCUCCAUCAGGCAGUUGGCAUCAUUGAGGCUGUCCUGGAGAAGUUUGGUACCUAUGAACACUUUGAGGCUGCGACUGGGGGCCAGCUGCUGACCAAGUGCCAGAUCUGGUCCAUUGUGCGCAAAUACAUGCAGAAGGAGGGCUGCGCUGGGGAGGUUGUGGUGCAGCUGAGUGAGGACCUGCUGUCCCAGGCAGUGAUGAUGGUGGAGAACAGCCGACCAACAUUGGCCAUCAACCUGACUGGAGCCCGCCAGUAUUGGUUGGAGGGCAUGCUGCGGCACGAGAUAGGUACCCACUACCUGCGGGGCGUGAACAACGCGCGGCAGCCAUGGCACAGCGCCGAGGGCCGGCUGCAGUAUGGGCUGCGGCCAGCGAACCCCACCGAGGAGGGCCUGGCCAGCCUGCACAGUGUGCUGUUCCGCAAGCAGCCCUUCCUGUGGCGCGCCGCGUUGCUCUACUACACCAUCCACCGCGCCGCGCACAUGUCCUUCCGCCAGCUGUUCCAGGACUUGGCGCGCUACGUGCAGGACGCCAACGUGCGCUGGGAGUACUGCGUGCGCGCCAAGCGCGGCCAAACUGACACCUCGCUGCCCGGUGGGCGCCUGUGCGGCUGCUUCAGCAAGGAUCAGGUGUACCUAGAUGGCAUCGUGCGCAUUCUGCGGCAUCGCCAGACCAUCGAUUUCCCGCUGCUGACCUCGCUGGGCAAGGUGUCCUAUGAGGAUGUAGAUCACCUUCGGCCCCAUGGGGUGCUGGACAACACCCGGGUGCCCCACUUCAUGCAGGACUUAGCACGCUACCGGCAGCAGCUGGAGCACAUCAUGACCACCAAUCGGCUGGAUGAGGCAGAGCUGGGCCGCCUGCUGCCUGAUGACUGAUACUGGUUGAGGGCUACAGGCAGAGGCCCUGGAAAGAGGGCUCCAGAUCAGCCCCCAGAACAUGAAGCUGGCUGCUCUGUGCUUCCACAGCCUGCACGUUUCUUGGGGAAUGAGGAGGGCAGAAGCAUUUCAGGAGGGAGGAGAGGCAACAGCAGAGAGUUUGUGUCCCUUGCUAGCCUCCUUGGACCCUGAAGGCCAACAGCAGCAUGUCAGGCAAACUAAAUCUGCCCUCCUGUCUCCAGCUGCCUUUUGAGCAGAGGAAAAGCCUGGGGGCAGGAGGGAAGCUGAGAAUGGAUGGGGAUGGGGGGGUGGUUUGGGAGUAGAAACUUGUUCUUGCAUGAGAUGGCUUUGGGUGUCUGCAUACUCCAGUCUUUUCCUCCCCCACCUGGCCCCUUGGUGCUCCUUCAGCUUUCAUGCUGUCUACCUCUCACUGGGUCCUGGUGGGGAUCUCCCUUCUUCUGGGGUGAAUGCCUGAGCCUGAGGUCCUGGCUUUCACACAGACUCAAGGAGCAGGGAUCCUGGUAGUAGAGACCCAGCUGGGCUGGGGUGUGCUUUCCAGCAUUUUGCCUCUCCCACUGUCAUGUAUUUAUUCCUUAUUUAUGUGCUCUACUUACUGGGGCUGGGACACAGCAGCUUCUGAAGGUUCGGUGGAGGGAACAGGGCUCCUCUGGAAGGCACCGACUGUUCCUAGCUCCACUGACACACACACACACACACACACACACACACACACACACACGCCUUGUGAAUCAAGCCAAGAGCUCACCUGGCCCUGCCUUCAUCCCCUGCACUGGCCUCUACUGUCCCUGUCUUUGCCCACACCCUCACAGCUGGUCUCUGGCAGAGGUUGGCAUAGCCUGGCAGCAGCCACAAUCAAGCCUGAGGUGCCGGCCCCUUGUUGUUCCUAGUUCUGAGCCCCUUCUAGACCAGGAGAGGUGCCAAGAUGAUUGUUGCUUCCAGUUUCACCUCAGACUCAGCUGUGUGAGGUUGACCCUGUCCUACUCCCUCCCUUGGCCUUAGUUUUCCCAUCUGAAAACUUGGAAACACAGCUGGAAAGUCCUUAUUCAUUUAGUUAGUGAAUAGGUAUAGAGCGCCUUCUUUGUACCAGUUAACUGGUCACAACCCUCACUGAGCUCCCAGUCCUGAGAGAAGCCAGACAAUUAAAACAAUUACAAUGAACUGUGU